CAUCUGGAUAAAAUAGCAAAAAUGCAAAUUGGCUGCACUUUUAAUGUUUUUACAAGCAUGUAACUACAGUAUAUGUCCCAUUUGCAGUGGCAUUGUCUAUUUAAAUUGAUUUCCAUUUUGCUUUGUUUUAUUCUGGCAUCUGGAACGGUCGGCAACACAAAUGAGAACAAUUACCACAUGGCGCUGGUCACAAUAACACAAAGUGUGUGUGUUUCUUUCGGCUUGUCCCUUUCGGGGUCGCCAGAGCGUGUCAUCUCAAAUGAACGCAUAUUUAUGUUUGGCACAAUUUUUACGCCGGAUGCCCUUCCUGAGGCAACCCUUCUAUUAACACAAAGUAUUUUGUAUUUUUUUUUCUGUGCAAAGUUAUCAAAGCGCGUCAAAAGUAAUCUCCCCCCCCCCUUUUGCAUUCAAGUACAUUUCAAAGUCUGCACUUUUAUGUUUUUGGCCACAAAUAUGUGUGUGUGCUGUUGCCGGCUCAGGGAACAGUUUUUGUAAAUCUGUGCGUCAAUCAGCCCACCGCUGUUUCCCGUUUGUAAUAAACAGCCGCUUCAUGCGAUCCGUGUGUACUUCGUGCUAGGCUCGCGCACGCGCUGGCGGACACGCGCGGAGCAGCCGGCCUGACCCCGCCUCUCGCCGCGCGCAGGGACGCUCCUCCAAAAAAUCCAGUAUGGCGGAAUCUGUCAGGCGAUGAAUUUGUCGCGCUGCCGCCGUCGCCGCAAAGUCGAGCACGUGCAGAAUGCGCGAGGACUGAAGCCGCGCCCGCGACGCGGACGGACGUGGGGACGAGCGGUGGCCCGCGGGGCCCGUCGAGCGGAGCUUCCGGUCGGCACCAGUAUUUGACGCUCUUGAUCGGAAGUCGGCUAAUGGCGAGUUCCGACUCGUGAGGUGUUGUGGAGACACGGUGCUGAUCCACGUUGGAUCAUCGGAACACGCACUCCGGGUCCUCUUCCGUCUGGGCCCGGAAGCGGCCCGCUGGUCACGUGCGCUCCCGCUGACCGCUUCUCGCCGUCAGUGAUGACGUCGCACACUCAUCAAGAGGGGAUCCUGGGAAAGGAACAGCCGCUGGAGGUUCUCAAGACGUCGCCGCUCAACCACAUCCCAACAGUGGACAUCAAUUCAGCACUGCCCCUGCGCCUCCCCCCUGCCGCCAUCCCCAUGGAUCUGCGUGUGGACCAGCAGCAGCAGCUGCAACAGGCGUCCCCUCUGUCGCCGCCCCGGCAGCAGGCCGCCGCCGCUCCCGCACGCGAGCAGCAGCUGCAGCAGGAGUUGCUGAGCCUCAAGCAGAAGCAGCAGAUCCAACGGCAGAUCCUCAUCGCAGAGUUCCAAAGGCAGCAUGAGCAGCUUUCCCGCCAGCACGAGGCCCAGCUCCAGGAACACAUAAAGCAACAACAGGAGCUGCUGGCAAUCAAGCACCAACAGGAGCUGUUGGAGCACCAGAGGAAAAUGGAAAACCAUCGUCUGGAGCAGGAGCUGGAAAAGCAGCAGCGCGAACAGAAGCUGCAGCUGCUGAAGAACAAAGAAAGAGGGCAGGAGAGUGCCGUGGCGAGUACUGAAGUGAAAAUGCGUCUCCAGGAGUUUGUCCUCAACAAAAAAAAGGCCCUGGCCCAGCGGAGUCUCAACCAGGGCGGCCCCCCGAACGAUGCGCCAUACUGGUACAGAAAAACUCAACACAGCUCUCUCGACCAGAGCUCCCCUCCUCAGACUGUUAUGUCCACCUAUAAUCACCCUGUGCUGGGGGUCUACAAUCCACGGGAUGACUUCCCCCUUCGGAAAACAGCCUCGGAACCCAACUUGAAGCUGCGCUCCCGGCUGAAGCAGAAGGUCAGCGAGCGGAGGAGCAGUCCGCUCCUGCGUCGCCGAGAUAGUCCCAUCAGCUCUGCAAAAAAGCGCUCCCUCGACAUGGCAGAUUCUGCAUGUAGCAGUGCCCCUGGCUCGGGCCCGAGCUCCCCGAACAAUAGUUCCAACAACCUCCCCAAUGAAAACGGCAUCACUGUGUCAGUCUCCAACAGCAAAGAGGCGUCCAUAAGCCAGCGAGCUUGCAGUGGUGCCGAGGGGGGGUCUACGAGCCCGUUAUCCCUCUACACGUCGCCAUCCUUACCCAACAUCACCCUGGGCCUGCCUGCCACUGCCACCGCCACCGCUGCAUCCAAUGUGACAUCUGCUCAGCAAGAUGGCGGCGCCGUGCAGCCGGCGCUCUCCCUCAGCCCUCCUUUCCCCUCAGGUGGCCGAUUGACACCCUACCUGGCUGAAGCGGCAGCAGGGGCAGGCGGGCACGGCGGGCACAGUCCGCUGCUCCAGCACAUGGUUUUGAUGGAGCAGACUCCUGCGCAGAGCCCUCUGGUGACAGGUUUAAGUGGCUUGUCCAUGUCCUCGGCAGCCUCCAUGGCCAAGCUGCAGCGCCAGCACAGGCCUCUAGGCCGCACCCAGUCGGCGCCGCUGCCGCAGGGGAGCGCCGCCCAAGCCCACGCCCAAGCGCUGGCUCUACAACAGCUGGUGCUCCAGCAGCAGCACCAACAGUUUCUGGAGAAGCACAAGCAGCAGUUCCAGCAGCAGCAGCAGCAGCUCCAGUUCAACAAAUUGAUAACCAAGCCCGGCGAGUCGCCUGUGGGCCGCCAUCACCAGAGCCACCCGGAGGAAACGGAGGAGGAGCUCCGAGAGCACCAAGAUAUUGCCGCGCUACCGCUAGGCGUCACCAUCAAGCAGGAGCCCCCCGACCCGCAGGAGCUUCAGGACGAAGCGCUGCAGAAACACCGGGAACGCGAGAGGCAGGCCGAGCAGGAGCUCCUCUUCAGACAGCAGGCCUUGUUGUUGGAGCAGCAGCGCAUUCACCAGCUUCGAAACUAUCAGGCUUCCAUGGAAGCUGCUGGCCUGUCCAUCUCCUUCCCAGGUCAUCGGCCUCUCUCGCGGGCGCAGUCGUCUCCGGCAUCGGCCUCGUCCUUCUCCAUCAGCGCCGCGGCGGCCCCCUCAGAUCCACCCGUCAAGCCUCGCUUCACCACGGGUCUGGUGUACGAUUCCCUCAUGCAGAAGCACCAGUGUAUGUGCGGCAACACCAACAGUCACCCGGAGCACGCGGGGCGGAUCCAGAGCAUUUGGUCCCGCUUGCAGGAAACCGGACUCAGGGCGCAGUGCGAGUGCAUCCGUGGGAGAAAGGCCACUCUGGAAGAACUGCAAACGGUUCACUCUGAAGCCCACGUCCUACUGUAUGGAACCAACCCUCUCAGACAGAAACUCGAUUGUUCAAUCACACCCAUGUUCGUGCGGCUUCCGUGCGGCGGGGUGGGGGUGGACAGUGACACGAUCUGGAAUGAAGUCCACUCCUCCAGCGCCGCUCGCCUCGCUGUCGGCUCGGUUGUGGAGCUCGUCUUCAAAGUGGCCACCGGAGAGCUGAAGAAUGGUUUCGCUGUGGUGCGACCUCCUGGACACCACGCAGAGGAAAGCACUCCCAUGGGCUUCUGCUACUUCAACUCUGUGGCCAUCGCUGCCAAACUUCUGCAGCAGAGACUCAACGUCAACAGGAUCCUCAUCGUGGACUGGGAUGUUCACCACGGCAACGGCACCCAGCAAGCCUUCUAUGACGACCCCAACGUUCUCUACCUGUCUCUUCAUCGCUAUGAUGACGGCAAUUUCUUCCCCGGUAGUGGCGCGCCGGAAGAGGUAGGAAGUGGCCCUGGAGUCGGCUUCAACGUCAAUGUUGCCUUUACUGGAGGCCUCGACCCGCCCAUCGGAGAUGUCGAGUACUUGGCUGCCUUCAGGUCCGUGGUGAUGCCCAUCGCAAAUGAGUUUGCUCCAGACGUGGUGCUCGUGUCCUCCGGCUUCGACGCAGUGGAAGGACACCCCCCGCCACUUGGGGGCUACGCCCUGACCUCCAAAUGUUUCGGCUAUCUGACCCGCCAGCUGAUGAGUCUUGCCGGAGGUAGGGUGGUCCUGGCACUGGAGGGGGGUCAUGACCUAACCGCCAUCUGCGACGCCUCCGAGGCUUGCGUGGCUGCGCUGCUCGGACAAGAGCUGGAGCCGCUACCCAAGGCUGUCCUGGAGGAGAGGCCCAAUCCCAACGCUGUUCGCUCUCUGGAGAAGGUUCUGGAGACUCACUGCAAGUACUGGCGCUCUGUUUGCCGCCUUCCGCCGCAGCUGGGCCUCUCGAUUUUGGAGAGCAAGCGCGGCGACUCUGAGGAGGCUGAAGCCGUCAGCGCCAUGGCCUCUCUGUCGGUGGCCAACACGAGCGCCGUGGAUCACAGCAGACCAGAGGAGGAACCGAUGGAAGAGGAGGAACCACUGUAACAAGGCGGGGGGGAACACGCCACGGUGUUGCGCCGUUAGCGCUGUUAGCAUUGACCUCUCCGGAGGACACGGCCUCUCUGAGCAGCAAGCAGUCUCCACCGAUCCCUUCAUUUAGUGCCCCCACCCGACACGACGCAACACCUGGAUUGGUGGAGUGACAGGGGGGCGGGCUCAGCCGCAGAGUAAGGAGCCAAUCAGGAGACGGAGAACUGGAAUUGUAAAAAAAUUCAUGGUGCACAUUUGGAGCUGUUUUUCUGUCAGUCUUGGCAAACCUCCAGUGAUGAGUGGGCAAGGCAGCUCUUCCAAAUGUUUUUUUGGGGAGGGAGGGGGCGAGUUCCGGUCUCACCGUAAAAAGGUGAGAUUCCUUACGGAAACAAAACGGAUUCCAUGUGACGCUUACACUGAACGAACACCGUGCACAGAGGACGUCCCGGCUGCCAGUUGCAGCUCAGGAUUUUCAGUUUUUCUCGACUCUUGUUCCAUUUUCCGCAAAGGAAAAGUCAUCUUCGACAUGCAUUCACUGUGGACGUUGGCUCUUACAAAUGUGUUUUCAUCAGAGGUUCUAAGAGGAGUGCCUUGGUGAGGGCCCGCCGGAUUUCACGAUUGUUCAGGAAAUGUUUGCCUUAAGAUUUCCUUUUGGGAAAUCAGCACCAGGGAGGGACGAGAACUAGAACAGCAUGUUUACUUGGAACGUGGCCACGCGCCUCUUCAAAAAUAUGUUAUUUUACAAUAUUGGAUGGAUCUAUUUUUCGGCGGGAAGGGACAUGCUCCGUGUUAAAGGUCAUUGCCAGCUGGAGUGGAAACGUCCGACUUUUGCGUGGCGUCCCUUUUGGACGACAGUCCAAGCAUGACAGGAGAGGCCGGACCUUUUUGUCCCAUUUGGAGGGUGAAGCAAAGAAAUCCAAAGCAUGAAUCCACUUUGAACAAACGUUUGGCAACACAUUAGGAAAAGGCUUCUUUUUUCCCAGGUGACUGAAUUUGACGGUUGCUCCUGUGCUGUGCUGGCAACGACUUACAGCAGUUACUCGUGAAACUCCAGUCUUGUAGAUAAAAUUGCGUAUAUUUUGUGGGGGGCGCGACAACCUCUUCAUACCGACACGUUUGAUUUUUUUUUAUUUUUAUUUUAUUUCCCUCAUCAUGACUUUCCACCACAUUAUUUUCAGUGUUUUCUUCCCAUGUUUUUCAUUCAUAGACUUGUUUUUUUUUUUUUUUUUUUUUUUUUUAUCCUUUUUCCGGAUAGUUAUAGGGCUGCCAUUCACAAAAAUAGUGUCACAGAAGUGAUUUCUUUUCUAUUUAUCAAAAGUAAAUGGCAACUUUCUUUCUUUGUAUGGCUCUUCAGGCCACUGCGUUUUUCAUCGAUUGUGUGUUUAUAAUGUACUGUUUAUAGAUUUGUAUAUGGGAAAUUUUUAAAUGUACUCUAAUGACAGCUAUGAUAUUGUGAACGGAACACAGUCUGGCGGUUUUCCACGGACGCAGAAAAACAAAAAAACAAGCAGCGGCGUGUUGAGGGCCUCAUGGGCUAUACCGUCGCGAUCCGAAGUCAUCACACGGCACCGCGUUGGACUUUUCCUCUUGGAGUCGAGUCACUUUGUUGCCUAAGUGUUGGUCUUUUCCGUCGUGCACGUAUACGACACGGACUUCCGUUACUUUGGUGACGUGCCUGUGAUUUUGUCGCUAGCAGGUCCACAGGCCAUUUUAUGUAGCGAGCUGUUUUUGCCUGUUUUUUUUUUUUUUUUUUUUUUUUUAGUUUGGAAAGAAAAAGGCAGGCAGACAGAGACUAUCUGUGUCCCAAGAUGAAGACCUCUUUUUUUUUUUUUUUUUUUUUUAAUUGUAAUAAUUUUAACAGUGGUGCGACGUAGACUACACCGUGAGUAGUUUAAAUAGGUAUAUCUGGUGCCAAUCGGUGUAUUGUUAUAUUUUGGUUAUAUUUCCCACCAACCUUCUUGAUCAUCUUUUCUCUUGAUUUGUCUAUUAACACCUGCGGAUGACCAUGAAAGUUAUUUCAAUUUUUUUAUUUAUUUUAUCAACUUUUUUUUUUUUUUUUACUUUGUGGUCUAACAAAAGCAUUCCAUUUGAUUAAUGAAUUUGAUUUUUUUUCCCCAAUAUGGAUCACAAGUUGUUGUUUUGUAGACACGCUUUUAAAAGUUAUUUUGCUUCCCGCUCGCAGCAACUUUAACUCUUUGCAUGGUUUGUGAGUCAGCAUGCCUGCUUGUCGAUGUAAGAAAAAAAUAUUUGCACAAUAGAGGAAGAAAACAAAAACCCUCCGGCGGCGUUCCGAGAGUUUUCGUCCUAGCCGCUGUGCAAACAUUUGAAAAGACUUUGGUCCCAGCGAGUCCACUCCGGAUAUUCUUGUUCCUGACGACUGAUUUCAGCACUUAAAAUGGAUCUACAUGCACUGCGUUUGCUCUGCCAAAACCUCGGCUCUGUCAAUGAAAGACUCUCCCAAAGAAUGUUCCUCUUUCAGCAGGCACUGUUGACGCUGGAGUAAUGCUGCGCUUUGCGUUGGGGGGGAAACGGUUUGGAGGGGGAUAUCUGAUUGUCACGCCCACCUCGGCCAGUCCUACAAAUAACCACUGUGGCUCAAGAGCAAUUCUUGGUUUACAUGUAAAUGGCAAAGAAGUUAUUUUUUGUUUGCUGUCUAUGUCUCUUAACAAUGAAAAAAAAAAAAAGUUAUUUCUUGGGGACCUACGCUUUAGACGUUUCAUCUCUGACACCUAAAAAAUAUAUUUCAGAAAAAUAUGACUGUCUUUAGUUGUUUGUUCUACAAUGUGAAAGUCGCCAACGGCAAGCUAACAUUGAUGACCAGGAAUUGAUUUUCUUUUUUUAAGAUUUGAAUUGGGCGAUUUGCGCUGCGUCAUGGAAUCUGAUUAUCUGUCUGGCGGAAUUUAGCAAAGUCCAUGUUUGCUCAGUCAGGAGUGCGCUCCUAUAAAGAUGUUCCGUUUGAAGGAAUCCUUCCCUCAACUAUCAUCCGCACACGAAACGGUUGAUUUGCCCCCUUGCGCAUGACUGCGAUGAUGCGACACACAAGACGCAUAAAAGGUCAGCUGACCAAUCGCCGGGUGGCAAAUCCAAUUAUGAGACUCGACAGUAGCACGAGAGUGU